UACCAGGAACCGAAGAACGACGGCGAGUGUCUGAGCAACAUAAAGGAGUUCCUGAAGGGCUGCUCGUCGUUCCGCGUCGAGCCGUUUGAGGCCAGUGACCUGCUGCUGGGCCUGAACUUCUCCAAGGUGCUGAGCAGUCUGGUCGCUCUGAAUAACGUGACGGCAGAUAUCGGCGUGGGCAGCGAUUCGGUGUGUGCCCGACACUCCUCAGCCCACCGCAUCAAGUCCUUCGAGUCGCUGUCUUCUCAGUCUUCGCUGGGCCGAUCCUCCAAGCUGCUGCAGAACCAGUUUCGCAGUCUGGACAUGUCGGAGAACAGUGGACAGCAGGUGCUGGUGAAAGCACGCUUCGACUUCCAGCAGACCAAUGAGGAUGAGCUCUCCUUCGCCAAGGGGGACAUCAUCGGCGUGACUCGCCAGGAGGAUGGCGGUUGGUGGGAGGGGCUGCUCAACGGAAAGAGUGGCUGGUUUCCUAGCAACUAUGUCCGCGAGAUCAAGGGCUCUGACAAACAAGUGUCUCCCAAGUCUGGGACCCUGAAGAGUCCCCCUAAAGGCUUUGACACUUCUGCAAUCAGCAAGACCUACUAUAACCUGGUGUUGCAAAACAUUUUAGAAACAGAGACAGAAUAUUCCAAGGAACUUCAGAGCCUCCUGACGAACUACCUGCGACCUCUUCAGAGCAUUGACAAGCUGAGCAGCUCGGAUGUGGCUCUAAUUCUGGGAAACCUGGAGGAGAUCAGCACCUUCCAGCAGAUGCUCGUCCAAUCGCUGGAGGAGUGCACCAAGCUUCCAGAGAGUCAGCAAAGGGUGGGGGGCUUCUUCCUCAACCUCAUGCCACAGAUGAAAGCUUUGUAUAUCGGUUACUGCUCCAACCACCCCUGUGCAGUCAAUGUGCUCACCCAGUACAGUGACGUAUUGGGGGAGUUCAUGGAGGGGAGGGGGGCCGUCAUCCCUGGGAUCCUCACCCUGACCACGGGCCUCAGUAAACCCUUCAUGAGAAUCGACAAGUACCCCAACUUACUCAAGGAGCUGGAGAGGCACAUGGAGGAGACUUACCCCGAUAGGCCAGACAUCUUGAAGUGCAUGGCGUCUUUCAAAAAUCUGUCUGCGCAGUGUCAGGAGGUGAGGAAGCGUAAGGAGCUGGAGCUGCAGAUUCUCACCGAGUCAAUCCGUCUGUGGGAGGGGGAUGACAUCAAGACGCUGGGCUCUGUGCUUUACAUGAGCCAGGUCUUAGUCCAGAGUCCUGGCGCCGAGGAGAAGAACGAGCGUUACCUCAUGCUCUUCCAUCACGUCCUCCUCAUGUUGUCUGCCAGCCCCAGGAUGAGCGGCUUCAUAUUCCAGGGAAAAUUGCCCCUGACCAGUAUGACAGUGAACAAACUAGAAGACUGUGAAGCCCAUAAAAAUGCUUUUGAGCUCAAUGGAGCUUUGUUUGACCGUCUCAACGUGGCGUGCAACAACCAGCAGGACCUGCAGGACUGGGUGGAGCAUCUGAGCCGUCAGAUCAAACACACCUCAGCCACAGCGCCCAGCCACAAACCUCUCACUGUGCCCUGCCACACGCUCCCAUCUCACCCCCUCACCCCAUCCCGGCAUGCUGAGGGCAGGGCCAUGACAGUGGCCCCCACCUACCACACCCUGCCUCACCCCUCCUCCCAUGGAUCAUCUCACAGCACUAUGAUGUGGGGUCCACUGGAGCCGCCCAACACCCCGAAACCCUGGAGCCUGAGCUGCUUGAGGCCUGCACCCCCUCUAAGGCCCUCUGCAGCUCUCUGCUACAAGGAGGAUCUUAGUAAAAGCCCUAAGAGUGUGAAGAAACUUCUUCCCAAGCGCAAGCCAGAAAGAAAACAGUCUGAGGAGGAAUUUGCCUCGAGGAAGAGUACAGCUGCUCUGGAGGAAGACGCCCAGAUCCUGAAGGUUAUUGAGGCUUACUGCACCAGCGCCAAAACCAGGCAGACUCUGAACUCCAGACCGCAACGAGAGACAGGACUUCAUGUGAUCAUCCCUGGUGAGGAUAAGGUCCUAGAUCCAAGUCGCAAUGGACAAAGUGCACCGGAAGAAAAGAGCCUAGUGGAUGUGGUGUACGCUCUGAGGGAUGAGGUUCAGGAACUAAAACAGGACACUAAGAAGAUGAAGAGGUCACUGGAAGAGGAGCAGAGGGCAAGGAAGGAUCUAGAGAAGGUUGUGAGGAGGGUUUUAAAGAGCAUGAACGACCCAACAUGGGAUGAGACCAACCUGUGAGGCCGUCGCACACAAUCGCCAUCUGAAACUUUGAAAAGAGAAAAAGAAAUGCGUAUAUGUGGACUUGCUUCUGUUGUGUGUACACACGUUAAGGCUGGUUGUGUGAGUGAGAGCAAGAGUUCAUCUGUAAACAGGUAAUUGUGUACUUGUUUGACAUGGGUGCAUGUGUGUGUGCUUUAAGCAGGAUGUCAAUACAGCCCCUUUCAAGACCAGAACCACUCAACAGCAUCGACCAUCUAUUCCACAAUAACAUUCCUUGAACACCAAGCAAGAGGGCGAAGACAUCACACACUUCAACAUUCAUCAUCCACCGUCUAUGGCCUUGAUAAGUGUGGCCAAAGAGAAACCAGAGCGAGAUCCUCUCCGUCUGUUUACAAUCAUUCAUCAGGACGCUGUCCACUGGUACAUAAAUGGUACAUUAAUGGUUUUAAUGGUCACAAACCCCUUGGACGACUUUGAACUUGAACCAUGCCAUUUCCGCAUAACCUCUCUUAUGUUAUUUAAUUUUUUUAUGAAUUUAUUUUUGUUGGGUCUCUUUCCCUGACACAAGCUUAACGAAAGUCUGUGCCAGGAAACAUGUUUCUUGUCUUGUCAUCUUUAUUGUUUGACCACUUUGCGGUUUGACUUAAUUUCUGGGCAUCCUAAGGGAAGUGUACAGAUAUUAACCCGGUACUGUAUAUUGUAAAUACUGCUAAAAGAUGAGCCUUUGUCCUUUGGGAGAAAUAAAUGUGUUUU